UAUCGCUUACGACAGUGUAUUGGCAAUCAGCACAUUUUAAAAUUAAUUUUAAAUACUAUAUAAAAUCGCUAAGGUGUGGUACUACCCGUAAAAAAAAACGAUGAUAUUAAAAAUUGCGAAUGUUUUAUUUUGACGACCGUUCGUAAAACGGAUUUGUAGUUUUUGCUGUAAAAAUGAGCGUGGAUAACGCAGACGUGACAAAAGUAGAAGAGAACAAUAACAAAAUUUUUAUUUGUGGCACCACGACUACCGAAACCUCGGAUUAUGUCGAUGAAACUGAUGAUAGUGAUAAUAAUGCAAUUGGUGAAUCUGACGACGAUUCCGGUCAAGAUAAUGUGAUUGGUGCAUUUAUGAACAGUACCAGCCAAGAGGCCGAGGCGCGACUAUGGGCAAAGAGACAAGCCAGGGCAGAAGCCAGAGAGAUACGAAUGCGCGAAUUAGAACGACAACAGAAAGAGCAGGAAGAAAACGCUGACAGGCAGUUCGACAUGUUGACUUCGGAACCCACCUCGUUGGUCAGGACGCCGCGGAGCGCCGGUACUCGAUACCUAUCGAGCAGGCGCAGCUCCGAGGAUUCGUUGGAAGACGGAGGAAGUCUUCGAGAGUUGAGGCACGAACUCAAAGAAGUCGAAGAGAAAUUCAGGAAAGCCAUGAUAGCCAAUGCCCAAUUGGACAACGAUAAAUCGGCGCAGACCUACCAAUUGGAGUUGCUGAAAGAUAGGUUAGAAGAAUUAGAAGAGGACCAUUCCCAAUUGAAGAGGGAACAUCGAGACAAAUGUAGGGAGUACCAAACGUUGAAAAGCAUUUGUACGAAAUUAAAGGACGACCUAGCGUUCGCCAAAUACGAGCUGGACGAACGGGAUCGACUCAUAGCGGAAAAGGGCCUGGUGAUAGUCGGCGAGGAGGUGCCCGCCGACGAAGAUGGUACCCAACAUCCGCCCAAGAAGGCGUUAGUCAGUGUGGAGAAUGCCCAUUUGCUCGAGACUGCCGGCGAUGGAAGUUUGGAUGUACGGUUAUCCCGGUUCCUCAAAGAGAAAACGGAAUUGCAGGAUCAAAUUAGCCAUUUAAAACUAGAAUUAGAAGAAGAAAAAAGUAAACGAAGGAAACCGAGUUCGGGCGGCACCUUGAACGGACCAUCCUCAGAUUACGAUUACGAUGACAUUCAAAGGGAAGCGAGUAAACAGCUUUCCGAUUGGAAAUUCCGCGCCCAAAAGGCGGAACAAGACACGGCAACGUUGCAAGCAACGGUGGCGCGACUCGAAAGCCAGGUCAUAAGGUAUAAGACGGCGUCGGAAGUUUCCGAGCAAUCCGAAGAGGCGCUGAAAGCGGAGAAGAGGAAGCUUCAAAGAGAAGAUUCGAAUUCUUUAGAAGAAUCAGAUUCUUUAACCGAUUUAACAGACGCAACAGACGUUUCAGAAAGCAUUUAAUUUUCUUUUUUUGGCCAGGGACGCCAUGAACCGUGCGGAAGAACUGGAAACCUCUAAUACACACCUAUUGAAGAGAUUAGACAAAUUAAAAAAUGCCAAAUCGGCCUUACUGAAAGAACUCUGAUUAUAAUAAUUGUAGUUUCGGCUCCUAUCUAUCCCUACUUUUAAGAUCAAAACUUUAAAGUGUUUUUAAAUCCCGUGAAAGAAAAAAGAAAAACUCAACAAGUCUUACGUAAAUAGUUUUUAAAAUUACAAAACGUUCAGAAAAUAUUUUUUAACACAUUUUUUAACUCUCGCUUUUAUCGUUCUAGUUUUUUUUUUUAUAAAGUUGAUAUUGAUAUUUUUUUUUAAACGAAUUUUUGUUGUAAUAUUUUUAAAUGCGGCCAAAAUCAAAAAUUUGUCGAUACGUCUGUAUUUAUUUAUUAGUUAGGAUCGUUUGAAGUGCGUAGCGAAUUUUCGUUCGAAAAAAUAUAUACAGGGUGGUCAGAAUAUCAAAAAAGUUUUAGGUACUAGUUUAGUGCAUUUCUUUUUAAAUACAAAUUUAAUUUUGUGUCUCUUUGCUUUGUAUAUUCACUGCUAUAAUGUAAAUAACAUUUUUUUUAUAUAUAUAAUAAAACCGUAAUAAUAAUAAAAAUAAAUCGCCAAUGACGGAAUUUAAUUUUUUACAAUUUUAUCUUAAACCGCCUCUGAUAUUUUAAAUGUAUUAUUAUCACUACAUCAGUACCUAAAUUACACAUUUUUGUUCCUCUUCUAACUGUCCAUUAAUUUACAAAAUUUUCAUGAAAGAAAAUUAAAUUCGGACCACCCUGUACGUUUCUUGAUCCAUUGUCGUUACGCGCUUCAAUUUCUGUACUUUUCCAUUUUACUUUUUGUACAUAUUGUAAUUUUACCACGCCUCAGGAUUUAAAAGUGUCCAUACACGAUGUACUUUUUUUGUGUUAUCCUCUAUGCUUAAUUUUUUUACCUAAAUGGAAAUAUGAUUUUUAAAUGUAUGAUUUUUUUUUAGAUGAAUUGGAUUAGACCAAAAAAGACCAAUAGUGCUCAAUUUCGAAAAAUACAAAUACGUAAAGAAGUGCGACAUAUUUUUUUGGUAUCUUAAUUGACUACGAAUAUUUUCUGUCCUUUGCUAUUUUAACUGCCCAAAAUUCCUUUUCGUACAUUUAAGCUGAUCUAACAGAUGUUUACAAUGUUCUCUUUAAUUUAAUUGAAGACUUUUUGGAAAAAACGACACUUUGCUCACCGGCGACAAUAGUGACAACUCAAAAAUAAAGGUUCGGAGAAAAUCAGAAUUAAAAGUUUUCGGUAUUUAAAUUUUCAUAUUUCAAAUGUCAUUUAAAUAACAUUAAUGAGCUUGGCUGUGACCACAGUGAGUUUUUGUGUACUAAUUUUUUGUAGUCUGUUAAUUCCAUUUUUUGUUUUCAAAAAGGUAUCUGUAAGAUGCCACAAUGUCACUGUUUAUAUAAGAUUAGCUGUUCACUAUACUGACACGUUUAACGAAAUUGAUCAAAAAUGGAAAGUCUAUAGUGGCAUAACUCAAAAUAUGCCACCAAUGCUUAAAUAAAGCGUUACUAGAACUCGAUUUUGCCACUAUUACACAAGACGACUAUAAUUUUUGAUUUUCGACAGGCGGUAUUUGAAAGAUAUGCCACAAGUGUCACAAUUUAAAUAAGAACAGCUGCCACUAUUUCUUACACAAGAAAUCACUAAUUUUUGUUUUUCGAUAAAGGCGAUAUUUUAAAGAUAUGCCACAAGUGUCACAGUUCAUAUAAGAACUUGGUUAAUCACAAUACUGGCUCAUUUAUAAAAUUUAUCAAAAAUGGAAUGAGUAUAGUGGCAUAACUGAAAAUAUGCUACUAAUGCUUAAACAAGGCAUUACUAGAACUCAUUUUUGCCACUAUUACUUACACACCACGUUUCUAUUUUUUUUAUUUUAUAAGAACACAGCUUUUCACUAUAAGAAUUUAACGAAAUUGAUCCAAAAUAGAAAUUCUGUAGUGGCAUAACUCAAAAUAUGCCAAAAAUGUUUAAACAUAGCAUUAGAACUCAUUUAUGCCACUAUUACUUACACAAGAAGUCACUAAUCUUUGUUUUUCGAUAAAGGCGAUAUUUAAAAUAUAUUCCACAAGUGUCACAAUUUAUAUAAGAACACAGCUGUUCGCUAUACUGGCACGAUUAUCGAAAUUGAUCAAAAAUGGAGAAUCUGUAGUGGCAUUACUCAAAAUAUGCUACUAAUGCUUAAACAAGGCGUUACUAGAACUCAUUUUUUCCACUAUUACUUACACACCACGACUCGUAAUUUUAUAAGAACACUAUACGAAAUUGUUCCAAAAUUGAAUUUCUAUAGUGACAUAUCUCAAAAUAUGCCAGUAAUGUUUAAACAGCUUUGCUAAAACUCAUUUUUGUCACUAUUGCUCAAACAUGACAACUCGAAUCUAACACAGCUAGAGACAUUUAUAUUUGGUCAGAGGAAUAUUAAAAAUAUGUUGUUGAUGCAGCAUGUGGACGAAAUACAUGUUAUGCCAUAGUGACACAUUUACCAUCUUGAGAAGACUAUCUCAAAUAAUUUUAUGCCAGUCUUGUUGGAUGAAACUUUUAAUAUAUUUUUAAUAGAAUGCAAUAAUAGAACAGCUAUCGAUUAAUUACGCGUUGAUGGGACACCCUGUAUAUGUGUUAUUGGCUAACAUGUUGGUAUCGUUGGAUAGGUAAAUUUAUAAAGAAUUUUAUGCUGAAAUAAUAUAUAGGGUGUUGCAUUUGAAAAAAUUUAGAAAAUUAAACUUAAAAUAGUCCAUAAUGUUUCAAAACAUUUUCCACUAUUCAUUAGCUUAUAAGUCUGUAUUACCAAACCAUUUUAAAACUGAAAUAAAAUACAGGGUGUUCUAUUUAAAAAAUAUACAUCUUUAUUUUCCAGGCAAAAACGCAACACCCUGUAUAUUCAAAAAGAUUUUUAAAUUACGUAUUUUCUUAAAUCCUUGUAACUUUUAUUUGAAACUUGUUUGUGUGUCAAUAAAACAAAUUGAAAUGUUGAACAAUUACGCACUAAUGGGACACCCUGUAUAUAAAUUUUUGUUUAAAAUGUGACAAAUUGAAAUUAAAAAUCGAUCUGUUAUAGGAAAUUGUUUAAAAUUUGAUUUUUUGGCUGAAAAUGAAUUUAUUCCAUACUUUACAGUCACCCAGUAUAAAAUACAGUGUAUGCCAUAAAGUUGGAAUAUUUUUUUUAUUAGGAUUAAAAAAAAAGUCUGGUUAUUUUAAAACUUUAAAAAUCCCAUAUCAAAGUUCCCACUGCCAAAUUCUAAUUUUUUUUGAAAAAUCUUUCAUUUAUUAAAUAUGAAAAAAAAAUUAAAAAAAAACUGUUUCUAAUGACAAUGAAACCUAUUUUAAUAAAAGAAAAUAUUUAAAUUAUGGGCUAUUUUCUUGGAAAUUGCAAAAUCGUCCAAAAAACAUUUUAUGCAUAAUUUUAAUUUCAUAAAAAAUACCAACAUCGUCGAACAUUAUUAACAAAAAUUGGUAUGACAUUGUUGUAUUCUCGACCAUUUUAAGCUUUUUCAAUGAUUGUAAAAUUGUUAGUCAUGGAUUGUCAGAUUGUCUUGUUCAAAAUUGCAGAAACAAGUUUCUCUAAUAAUUUUUUAUAUUUCAAAAAACAGAUAACUAAUAUCAGUAGACAACUUUGUUGUGGGCUUUUAAGUUUUUAAAUAAUCGAAGGUAAUUGUCCUAGGAUUUUUUUUUCAUAAAUUAUGGCACACACGGUAUAUAUGAAAAAUUCUCUCUUAUCCUGUAACCUCCGAAAUUUCAUCUGAUCUUUGGCGCAAUGACAUACUUUUAAUAUAUCUAAAUUCAACUAUACUCUAUUCAAAGCAUAUAGUACGAAAUAAUAACCCUGAUUUCAAGAGUGGUAUUUAUUAGAUUGUAUCAUGAAGUGUCAAAAUCUCAGAAAUUUUAAAAGAUGUCCACCAAAAAUAAUUGGAUGUCACAAAAUGUCAAAAUUAAAGAUCAAAAUUUUACAAUUAUUUUGUUUUAUGUCGAUUUCGAUCCAAAAUAAUAUGCCGCACCUAUUUAUCCUUGUAGAAAUGGAGGUUAGCUCAAUAAAAAUAAAAAAACUAUUUUCUGAAUAGGCUCAAAACGCUUUUUGGCCAUUUUCCUUUACACGAAAUUCAAAAUUUUGCUCAACGAGACAAAAAUUCCUAUUUUAUAUAUAAAAUGCCCCAAAUCCAGUGCUAAAAUGCCUUAUAUCGGGAAAAGAAGGCCAAAAAGUGACCUGCAAUAUCACCGGUACUUUUUUAGCUUUUUACUAAUUUCCAAAAAAUAUCGGCGCUCCGUUCGCGGGGGGCGAUGAAACGGUUGUACUGUUAUCUCGAGUUUUAUUAUAUUUUUUCCUAACAGCAAAAUGCAAGUAACGCUUAUAUAUUAUAAAUAUAUAUGUAGAUAUGAAAUAUGUGAUUUUGUGUAUACAUCUAUAAUCGUUUUGGUAAAAGGUAAUUUAAAAAAAUAAAACUAAU